AUGAUAUGCUUGUCAAUCACUUCGAGACGAUCAUUCCUAAUUAUUUCGUCCCACAAUAUCAUUCUCUAGCGUGGUUUAGUGUCAUAUAUGCUGAUUCUUAUUGGAGCUUCGUUCAUACAUACGGUUGUCAUUGAAGACCUCUUCGUAGCUUGGAUACAUGAUAUCAUUUCUUGAAAACGAGAAAUCACUUUCUAACACUUUAAAAAUGAGUUCAUUGAUAUUCAGUUAUUCCCUUUUCCGGUUCAUGGUUUUUUUUUCUGGGUACUUGUGCAUUAUAGUAUGUUGAUCCAGCUGAGAAAACUCAGCAUUGAAACAGGGAAACAAGGUGUUAAGAGACUUUAACAUCGUAGCGGCAGCCAAUGGAACUGGUAAGGAAGUUAUUAGGAAUUUUACUGCCCUUGUCGAGGUUGGCACAUUGGAGAUCCAUUUCGUGUGGUCUGGCAAAGGGACAAAUUCCAUUCCGGAUAGAGGUGUAUAUGGGCCACUCAUAUCAGCGAUUUCAGUAACACCAGGCAUGUAUAUGGAGAUAAUUCAGUGCCCCUUCUUUGCUACUUGAUUAUUUGAUUUUGACCUGUUAUUUUAAUUGUAGAUUUCACACCUCGUGUGUUUAAGACCAAUAAACUUUCGAUCGGUGCUAUCGUGGGAAUUGUUAUUGCGUCAACUGUGUUGGUGAUGCUGAUGAUUUUCGGUCUUGUAUGGUUUUACCUUAGAAGGAAAGCCAUUGAGAACAAUGGUGAGUUAUUUUCAUAUGUUGUGUGUUUACCCAAUAAAUCUUCAUUGCACGAAUCAUUAUAUCGAACAGAAUCAUAAAGUAAAACCUGCAUUUAUCAGUUUGUAUCUGUACUAUGUGCGUGUCUUAUAUUUACAGUAUCCUCAUUUGUUACUGUUAUUUAUUCAGUAUAGACUGUUUCGUACACCUUUCUUGUCACAGAUGCAUGUGUCAAAUUUUCACAUGUUUCCCCUUUAUCAGAGCUCAGAGGUCUGGAGUUGCCAACAGGCUCUUUCAGUUUGAGGCAAAUUAAAGCUGCCACGGGAAACUUCGACCCUGAAAACAAGAUUGGCGAAGGUGGAUUUGGUCCGGUUUACAAGGUCAACCAUGUGGCCAUCGUUUCACUUGGUUUUGCUUUCUGUCCAAAACCCAGUCCUCGUCUAAGUUUGAGGGCCUAAUAAUACACACACGUUGAAAAUUUUCAGGGGGUUCUUCCGGACGGCUCUAUGAUUGCCGUGAAGCAGCUUUCGUCCAAGUCAAAGCAAGGAAAUCGGGAGUUUGUGACUGAGAUAGGCAUGAUAUCAGCCCUACAGCAUCCAAACCUCGUAAAACUUUUUGGGUGCUGCAUUGAAGGAAAUCAGUUGCUGCUAAUAUACGAAUACAUGGAGAAUAACAGCCUUGCCCGAGCCCUAUUUGGUAACCAUCUUAUGAUUUCGCGUUCCUAGUACUUUGGGGCCGCUACUUUCUGGGAUUUUAUUGGUUAUGUUUAUUGCAUGGAUUGACUCGUAGUAAGGCGUGAAUGUAACAGUCACGAUGUUGAUAGGUCCCGAAGGGUUAAGGUUGAAUCUGGAUUGGCAAACGAGGCGUAAAAUUUGUAUUGGAAUAGCAAGGGGCUUGGCCUACCUUCACGAAGAGUCGAGGCUAAAGAUAGUUCAUAGAGACAUCAAAACGACGAAUGUUCUUCUUGACAAAGAUCUGAACGCGAAGAUAUCAGACUUCGGGCUGGCGAAACUCGACGAAGAGGAGAAUACCCAUAUCAGCACCAGGAUAGCAGGAACCAUGUAAGCAAACUGUUUAUUUGAAAUAUUGGAUUUUGGGUAUGUUAUUAGAAUUUGGUUAUUUGCCUUGAAAUUCUUGAUAUAGUUCUUACUUUUAGAAUUAUUUAUUUAUAUUCUGUUAAUCUUCUCGUAAAAUCGUACCCACCACCCCUGCGUACUCUUACCUAUCACCCUUUUUCAAUCUGUAUAGAUCAUAUAUAUUCCCUGUCAUUCUGAUGUCCUUUUUCUUUUAGCUUUGGUCGUUGCCAUGCUUGUUGAGCUGAGAACAUGCUCCUACUGAUCCUGUGGCUGUCACUUAAAUCUACUUCUUUGCUUGUCAUGGUUUUAGACCAUACUUAAAUUUUCACAAUGUAGGUUAAAAGGACUGGAUAACAAGAGAAACCUACAUCAGGUUGAUAAUAGGCCCAGAUUCUGAUUAUCACCAUGUUAAACAAAAUCAAAGCAGUAAAUGUUAAUGGUGCAUUAAAAUUGGAUAAUCUAAUCCAAAGUCAACAGAGGUUCUGCCUCGUAGGUACUGAAUUGAUGCAGUUAUUCUUUUUUCUCACUUUCUAAUUGAGCGUUCGGUCACAAUCUGAAAGGCAAGAUGGUUCAGGGUUUCUUAUGAAAUCUUCAUUAGUGGUAAGUCAAAGAUCUACUAUGAUGUGGACUUUCUAAAUGUGGGCAAAUCUAGACAAUAUGAUUCCUCUCCUGGUCUCCCAUUGGAUUCUCUUUAUGGAUCAUUAAUCUGAAUGCUGUACGUUUAUUCUCAACCACGUGAUGCAGAGGAAAAAACACCAAUUUGGUUUGCCACCAUUAUUAUCUCUUACGCUGACAAGUAUUUCCUCGUCGUCCUUCAGGGGUUAUAUGGCUCCUGAGUAUGCCAUGAGGGGUUACCUGACAUACAAAGCAGAUGUCUACAGCUUUGGCGUCGUCGCAUUGGAGAUUGUCAGCGGAAAGAGUAACGCCAAAUUUCUCCCCAAAGAUGACUACAUCUAUCUUCUCGAUUGGGUACCCGAUUUCCUUGCAUUCAAACAUAUUUUAAUUUAAUAGAAAAUCCCUGGAAAACAAUCAAGAAUCCCGCAAUAUUUUAUAUAGCAUGCUAAUCUUGUUUAUAUUUUUUUUCUCAGGCCUGUGUGCUCCAGGAGAAGGGCACCCUCCUCGAGCUGGUAGACCCCGCCCUGGGCACCAACUUCUCCAUCGAGGAAGCGCAGCAGAUGCUGAACCUGGCUCUCUUGUGCACCAACCAGUCCCCGACCCUUCGGCCUGCCAUGUCCACUGUGGUCGCCAUGCUCGAGGGUCACACGCCCGUUCGAGUCCCCACCAUGAAGAUCAACCGCACAGAUAGCAUGGAGCUGAGAUUCAGGACCAUGGAGACGCUCUCUCGGGAUGACGACAGGCAGGCCGUGUCCACUGACGCACCAGUGGCAGAUUCAUCGUUUUCUAUUCAGAGCAGCAAAGAAGACGACUACCCUCGCUCCACCACAUCCCGGCUUCUCGAUGAUUACAGCUAA